AUUGAAUUUUCGCGGGGGAUUUGUCGUGUUUUCUUAGUUUACCUUCAACCCUGUUGUUCUAAUACUGUCCUGACAUCCCACAGUAACACGUGUUAAUACAGCGCUGCUCCACGUGGAAGGAAAACAGCAGCACGUUAGCUCUGUGGCUAAGCUAACCAGGGGAGCAGCAGGUGACGCUAGCAAGCUAGGCUAACGUGAUGCUAGCUCAGGUUUAGGUUGUGUCUGGAGGAUUCAUCAUCAUGUCUCUGAGCUCAGUUCACGCUACACUGACGAGUCUGAAGACCUGUCAGACGGACAUCGGGACAGGGAUGGACAUAGUGACGAACGUGGCCAUGGACCUGGCGGAGGCGCAGGAUGGAGAGGUGCAUCCAGGCGUCAAAGAGAUGGAGGAUAUGAUUCUGGAGUGUGCCAAGCUGGACAGAGAGAUUAACUACUUUGUUGAUGUUGUGCAACAAGUCACAACGGAGGUUGCCACGCAGCAGUCAGAGGCCAUGUUCAACCUGUCGGCCAAAGUGAAGGAGAAGUUCACUGAGAGAAUGGCCAAACUCUCAGAUGCUGAUCUGCACCGCCACCAGAAAGUGGUGGCCUUCAAGGAAAGCAUCAAGAACUCUGUCAACCCAGCCAACCGAGAGUCAGCAGAGGGCAUGGAGGAGCUGGAUGACGACAUCGCAGUUACACAGAGCCAAGUCAACUUCACCUGCCCACUCACGCAGGUGGAAAUGGUGGUCCCAAUGAAGAAUAAGAAGUGUAACCACCUCUAUGAGGAAGCAGCUAUACUGAGCCUGAUCAAAGCAAGACACAGCCAGAAAAAGAAGUGCCGCUGCCCUGUGGUUGGCUGCGGGAACUCUGACGUAAAAGAGUCAGACCUCAUUCUUGACCAGAUGCUGAAGAGAAAGAUCCAGAGCCAGAAGAGAAACAGCAACCGAUAGCGUAUCAUUAAUGUCUUGUUUUCAAGACAGUUCUUUGUUAGGUUUAUAAUCUAUUUUACCAAUGUUUGAGAGAAUGUACUUUGUUUGUUUGUAUUUUAUUUGUACCUCAGGAAAACAUUACUCGAAGUCAGCCACCAGGUUAAGUUUUGUUUCAGAGUUGAUGGCUUUUUGUGUCUUAGCUGGAGUGUUUUAAAAUCCAGUCUUGUUCAAUUCAAUAAAACCUUAAUUUUGCUGAUAAUAA